AAUUCGCAAGCUCUACGUUUCCAAAAACAAAAACAAAAACAAAAAUUGCAAGCUGAUGAUGUGCCUCGCUCUCGAUCCAUAUAUAAAAGCCAAACCACAACGCCGGCCGGCCUAUAUUACAACACCUCCUGCUGCUAAGCAUAAGCACCGUCUUCCUCUCGCUCUAGCUAGCCUCUCUCCGGCCUUACUCCUCGCUCUCUCGACGCGCACGAGAGGAAGAGCGAGAGAGACAUCAGGAGGUCGUCGCCAUGCUCCUUGCAGCUCAUCACGCUCACGGCGCUGGCGUCCGGCCAGCGGCGGCGUCAUCGCCACCCUCUCUGCCGAAGCAGCAACGGAGCCGCUGCGGCUACACGAGGAGGGAGCGUGGGCUUCCCGCCGUGCGCGCGGUCAUGGCAGGGCCGCAUCAGAACGUGGCGCCGCCACCGGCCAGCAGGAAGAUGGUGGCGGCGCCGCCGUCACCGGUGAGGGAGACGACGACGACCACGACGACGACGGUGUACCGCGACAACUGGUUCGACAAGCUGGCCAUCGGAUACCUGUCCCGGAACCUUCAAGAAGCUUCGGGGCUGAAGAACGGAAAGGACGGCUAUGAAGGCCUGAUAGAGGCAGCCCUCGCCAUCUCCGGGCUGUUCAAGGUUGAUCAGCAGUGGCAGACUGUGGCCACCGCUCUCGAACGGGCGUUCCCCAGCUACAUCCUCACAAUGAUCAAAGUGAUGAUGCCGCCUUCAAGAUUUUCCCGGGAGUACUUUGCGGCCUUCACCACCAUAUUCUUCCCUUGGCUCGUUGGACCAUGUGAGGUCAGGGAAUCGGAAGUUGAUGGAAAGAAAGAGAAGAAUGUGGUCUACAUCCCCAAAUGCAGAUUUCUGGAAAGCACCAACUGUGUUGGGAUGUGCACGAAUCUAUGCAAGAUCCCAUGCCAGACGUUCAUCCAAGAUUCACUCGGCACGGCUGUCUACAUGUCUCCCAAUUUUGAGGACAUGAGCUGUGAAAUGAUCUUCGGACAGCAACCUCCUGAAGAUGACCCAGCACUAAAGCAACCCUGCUUCCGUACAAAAUGUAAGCCUGUACUGAAACAUCUGAACAGAUUUAAUCAAAUUUCCAAUUAAAGCACUCAUACCCUUUUCUUCCUGUAUAUGCAGGUAUUGCAAAGCAGAAUCGUCAAGUGAAUUGCUCUAUUUAACUUGAGAGGAAAUGUAAAUUAUUAGACUAAAUAUCAGUAAAAUGCCCAAAGUUCCAUGCAUUCGUGUUAUUUCCUUAGGACGCAGCAUCAGGUUCACACAAAGAUUCUUUUUACUCGCGAUAACAGCAGAAGGCAAUUCUAGUAUACAUUAAAUUGUUAGGAAAGUGGUUGUAUGGUUGUUCCAGAGAAAUUGAAGAGGGAAUACAGGACAUACUUUUGGAAAAUACAAAGCAUUUUAGUGCAUCCUACAUAAGUUUCAAGAGGAACCUGAGAUAAAAUUGAAGAAGUUGGAAGAAAGGAAUUAUUCAUACCAGAAAUUUUCAUGUUAAUUGAAUAUGGUCAAACUAGUUAACAAGAAAAGGACUUGGUGGACAAACUAUAAGCAUGGAAUUAACAAUCAUUUGGUGGAGCGUGUUGUAUAUCUAUCAGGUUUAAGCCAACUCUCAUCUGCGUUAUGAAUCAAGUUAAUAUGCAGAUUCCUCUAUCAAAGUUAAAAACUACAAGCCUACAACUGAUAGAUUGGUUCAAAUUUAACUCUCACAUUUCACAGCUGGUUUCAGAUUUCCGGGCGCAUGCGACAAUUUCACCUAGUCCCCUCUUACAAAUUGUGGUGCUUUUUUCAUAUCAGAGUUUCUUACAAUGUAUUGUUCGAGUGCAAUACCGCAGGACGUUUUCUCAA